UUUAGUGCUUAUAUUAUGUUUGUAUUUUAAUUUUUUUUUUUAUUAUGGGUUACGCAAAAUUAUUUUCGAGUAUAUAUUUGUGGAGAGUAAAUUCCGGUAGAUUAUUUAGGUUUUGUAGUAGUGUAGUUCAUAGUAGCGAAUGUGAUGCUAAGACUGGAAAAAAAACAAAGAAUGAAGCACACGACACUAACAGUGAAGAAAACAAGAGUGGCUUGGUUAUUGGGGUGUAUGAAGAAAAAGAUAAGUUCGAGCUGACACCCGCCGCUGAAGAAAUCAAUCAAAGAAGUGGUGGCAAGCUAUGCAAAUAUUUAAACGAACUAUCGUGCCAUCUAAAGCUGGGCAAGGCAUUCGUCGUGACUGACGUGGUGCUCGAAUUCGGUCCCGUCGCCAUUUCGUCUCUAGGCAAGAAGGAUCCGGGAUACAACAAACUGGAGGAGUUAGACGAGACUAGGGAGAACGUGAGGGUGAUGGUGGGUGCGGGUGUGCGUGCGCUGUGCGAGCGCGGCUGUGCGCGCGUGUCUGUAUGUGCGGCCGGAGCCCCGCACGCCGCCGCAGAGGCCGCGCACCUUGCUGCCUGGCGAUUCGAAGAGUUUAAAUCAAGCGCUGAUCGACAUCAAGAGGUUCAAUUGUCUCUUCACGGUUCCGAGGGUCAAGAGGAAUGGGACGCGGGUGUGGUGUAUGGGCAGUCACAAAACUGGGCUAGGUAUCUGACCGACAUGCCGCCUAAUAAAAUGACACCCGUGGAUUUCGCCCAGGCGGCGCUGGACACGCUGUGUCCGCUGGGCGUGCACGUGACGGCUCACGAGCGCGCGUGGCUGGAGGCGCAGCGCAUGCGCGGCGUGCUGGCGGUGGCGGCGGGCUCGUGCGAGGCGCCGCUGCUGCUGGAGUGCGCGUGGCGCGGCGCAGACAACCCGCCCGUGCUGCUCGCCGCAGACGGACUCACCUUCGACUGCGGUGGCUUAUGUCUGCGUUCUGCGCGCGACAUGCACAGUGCACGCAGCGUGACGGGCGCGGCCGUCGUUCUUGCCGUAUUGCGGACGCUCGCCUUACUCAAGGUGCCGCUACACGUACGCGCGGUGAUCCCGCUGUGCGAGCAGCUCGUGAGCGGGCACUGUCUCAAGCCGGGAGACGUGCUGCCCGCGCUGAACGGUUUACACAUGCAGGUGGAGGACACAGAUCUAGAGAGUCAGCUGAUGCUGGCAGACGCACUAGUGUACGGACAGGCUAUAUACAAGCCUUCACUCGUAAUUGACGUCGCCUCUCUCGCGCCGGUGGGGGCGUCGAAUGCGUGUGCGUGCGUGUUCACGAACAGCGAGCACGUGUACCGCGGCGCGCGAGACGCGGGCGCGCGCACGGGCGACCGGCUGUGGCGACUGCCGCUGUGGGACUACUACCGCAGACAAGUGCGAGAUGAUCCAGCAGUGGAUUUGAGGAACAAAGGCUCAGGGACAGCUACUAUUUGUAAGGGAGCAGCUUUUUUAAAGCACUUCGUGUGCGGCGAGUGGCUGCACGUGGACACGUCGGGCGUGCGCGCGGGCGGCGCCGUGUACCUGCGUCACGGACGAGCUGCCGGCCGGCCCGCGCGCACCAUCGCCGCCUUCCUGGCCGACGCCGCGCUCGCCGACAAACACGCCGACUCGCAUGCCGACAAACACGCCGACACUCCGCGGGAUUCGUGAUGCGGCUGGACAUGACAUGUGCACCGCGAGAUCCGAAAUUGCCUGUAUUAAAUUGUUAACGACCAUAAUAAUUAAUACGAAUGAAAUAUUAAUAACAAAUCAACCUAUUUAAUUACUUAAAAAGUAAUAACAUAAGCUGUUUUGUUAAUAUUAGGUACUUAAUUUGUAUUCUCAAAAAAAGUUCUUGUGACACAAAAAAAAUACUGAAAUACUGUUGAGGCGACGGCCGAUCCAAUUUUUCAUGAUUUUACAAGUACAAUAACACUUAGUGUAAUGUAUAAUAUACAUACCUAUUUGGUUAUUUCUUAUUAGGUAAAUCGUUUUGUAAAGUUUUCUUAAUAGACAAAAAUAUGUUUAUUUAUGAUUAUUAAUAAUAAAAUUAUA